AUGUUAUUAUAUUUAAUAGAUUUCCUAGGAGAAUUGUCAUAUGAUCGUAAGAAGGAUCACAUUGUUGGUUUUGUAGAGUUAGCAAAUGGCAGAAAAUGUUUAUUUGCGGAUCAUGCACUUGUUUUCAUGAUUGAAGGAGUAGAGGAUUGUUGGAAGCAACCAGUUGCUUUUUACUUUUCUGAAGGUGGGGUUAAUAGUUCUGACUUAAAAUCUCUUAUUGUUGAUGUAGCAAGAAAGUUAUUUAGUAUUGGUUUAAAGGUUAUUGCCACAGUUUGCGACCAAUAUGCAGCAAAUUGUAAAGCAGUUAAUAUGCUUUUAAACGAUACAGAAGAGUAUUAUAAAACGAAAAACCUUCACUGGAAUAAACUGUUUUUUGAAAUAGAUGGUCAUGAGAUUGUUCCUUUAUAUGAUCCUCCACAUUUGUUAAAGUGUAUGCGGAAUAAUUUUGCUCAGUACAAUGUUAAAUUUAUAGGUUUAGAUGGGGACAAAUACGAAGCAUCUUGGAAAGACAUCAUAGAUUAUUAUAAUUAUGAUUCAACUUCAAGUUUGUUUCGUCGUUGUCCUACAUUAACUGAACACCACCCUGAUCUAACAAAGAUGAAACGUAUGAAGGUCAGUCUUGCUGCGCUAGUAUUUUCUCAACGGGUAGCUCAAGGACUUCAAAAUUCUGGUUACCUAGAAGCGCAUGGAAGUGUUACUUCAUAUGGUACCGGAGGAUUUUUGAUGUUCAUGGACUACUUAUUUGAUAGUGUCAAUGGCUUAUCAAAAUUGCCAUUUAAUGGUAAACAAUUUCGAUGUGCAAUGUUCAAUAAGUCGGCUCAUACUAUAUUUUGGCGUGAAGCCAAAUUAGUUUUGAAUUCAAUGCAGUUCAUAAAAAGCAAGGGUUUAACUAAAGUUUUUACUAAACCUCCUUGCAUUAAAAAUUGGAUUAGAACGAUAGAGGGUUUGAGCUACAUUUGGCAGAAAUUGAAAGUGGUUCCGAGGUUUAGCUACUUAUGUACCACAAAUUUUAACCAAGAUUCCUUGGAGAAUUUUUUUGGUUGCAUAAGGAGUCAAGGGGCUUCGAAUAAUAAUCCAAGUUGUUACUCUUUUGUGUCUGCCUUCAGAACUUUGCUAGUCAACAAUUUAUCAUCUCGCCAUUCAACUUCUGCUAAUUGUGAAAUAGAUGAUACAACCGGGUUACUUGCCACAUUUCGAGUGUUUUUGAAUAAUGAAGAUGUCUUGGAAACUGACCCUCUGAUCAAUAUGUCUAUUGAUGCAGAGCGGUUUUAUUUCCAGGACAUGUCAUUGUACAGUAAGACUGCUAGCGCUUAUGUUGCAGGAUAUUGUACUAAGAAGCUUAUCGGAUAUGUUGGUGAAUGCCAUGUUUGUACAUCUGAACUAUUAGCAGAUACAAUUGGCAGGGAUGAAGCUUCUUGGAUUGCAUCUAGAGAUUACACUGACCAUUCGCUUUUGGUUCCCGGAAAUUCUGCAUUGAAUACAUAA